AAAAAAAAAAAAAAAAAAGACAAGAAGUACGGUUGCAACAUUGUGCGACUUCAAGAAACGUCAAUCCCUGCACUACGCUACAAAGAAUCUAUAUUUCUUUCGAGUCCGACCGUCGAGAACUUCUGAGUUGACUCCCGCCAUACUUCCGUCAUCAUGUCGACCCUCACCCGCGCUUUCACCAAACGCAACAAGCGUCCUGAGGUCUCCGCACCCAUGCCCUACCGUGAGGGCCAGGUCAAGUUCAACGCCGGUACUAUCAAGCGAGGAAACAUUUCGGCGCCCGUGGAGUUGUUGUCGACUACGAACAUGCUAGCUUACAACGCACCCGAUCUUCACUCGGCCACUUCGUCAUCGACUUCAUCGCUGCAGUCCCCCGAUGACUCGGAGUUGUCGUUCUCCCACCAGAGUUUCGGAUCGCAGAUUACCACCCCGGAUGAUUCGCCCAUCGAUUCCAACCCUGUGCCGUCGUAUUUCCCCAAGCGGUCGGCCACGGUGACCAGUCACCCCCGCUCGUCGACGUCGACAUCCUCGUCCACGGAGGCCCCGUUGGUUCCCAAGCGGGCCCUCUCGCACACGAAGCGAUCGCAUCAGGAGCUGGCUCGCAAACGCUCCCUAUCCCGGCUGUCCCCUCCUCCGUUGAACUCUAGCCGCAGCGGCCCCGCACUUCGAACGACGCAGGACUUUUUCCAGCCCGAGCCUCAUCCAUUUGGGAAGGAGCUGGAGCAAGUCAACGAAGUGGUGGAGGAGUUCGGCGGUGGACACCGAGUGUUGGACGAAGAGGAAAUGCUCUUGCAAAACAAGGGUCUGAAGAAGUUCACUGUCAACGAUUACCUGGUGGAGAUCGAAGAUCUGUAUGGCAGCAUCUUCGAUGAUCAACUUGGGCCUAUUGGCUCUACCUCCUGGCUUUGAAGUCAUUGAUUCUUUUUAUGCCACGAACACCAUGGCGUUUUCCCCGAGCAGGCCACAAGAACUGGAUCUUCUUUUAUAUCUCUUGGGCGCCAUUCACGACCCACUAAUAUUCGCUCUUUGACGAUGUCAUCUAAUCACUUGUCUUUCUAUCUGUCUCUAUCUCUCACCCCCUCUCUCUCUCGCUUUUUAUUUCCUUUAUCAGUCUUGCUCUAUACCAUUGGGAGGAUCUUCGUUCCCCUAUGUUGUGCUUUAUUUGUGACUCCUUUGCUUUUUGACGUUGUGUUGGAAUGGGAUAUGUCAGGGUACAUUAUGGAAGAGCACAUAACGAGUUUCUCGGAUCUGUUUUGCUUGUAAGUUCAAUAGCGAGUCUAGAAUUUCAGCCAGAAUGUAUGACCCAUUCGACGACGG